CAGAAUGUGAAUAAAAUGAACUUCACCAGGAGGCCUGCAGCGCCCCCUGCCGGCCGCCCAGCCUCUGUACAGGCCGCAGAGGAAGGAGACGUGUCCCACUUUCAGAUUAGCUUCAGCGGACAGAUGAAGGCAGACAGCACCGGUGGCAACAUGGGGGACAAAGCCGACGUGGAAAUAUCAGAAAACCCAUUUGAACCUUACAUUGAAUUCCUACGACAGCAACUGGAAGACCAAGAUCCCAUUUUUCUGAUCGGAUUUAUAGUCGCUUUGGCAGUGGUUGUCAUUACCUGUGUGUUUUUGAAGUACUUCCUCACCAGUAAAACUGUCCGAAGUGCUGUGCUGCUGGUGGGUCUGUGUGAGUCGGGGAAAACGCUCCUGUUCAGCCGGCUGUUGGCAAGUAAAUUCAAGCGGACACAGACCUCCAUCACUGACAGCAGUGCUCCUUACAAAGCCAAAAACGACAGAGGCAGCGCCUGGACUCUGAUUGACCUGCCAGGACAUGACAGUCUCCGCUCUCUGUACCUGGAGAAGUUCAAAUCUGGAGCUAGAGCCAUUGUGUUUGUAGUGGACAGCGCUAUCUUCCAAAAAGAAGUGAGAGACGUGGCAGAGUUCCUGUACAUCUUGUUAACGGACAAUGUGAUCUCCAGGAACGCUCCAGCUCUCGUGGUGGCAUGCAACAAACAAGAUAUCACCAUGGCAAAAUCAGCUAAACUGAUCCAGCAGCAGCUGGAAAAGGAAAUGAACACCUUGCGGGUGACGCACUCUGCAGCUCUGAGCUCUCAGGACGGCUCUGUGGGCGGCAGUGUGUAUCUGGGGAAAAAAGGCAAGGACUUUGAGUUUGGCCAGCUGCCCCUGAAGGUUGAGUUCCUGGAGUGCAGCGCCCGCGGCAACAAGGGCGAGGAGGGGGAUGCAGACAUUGAGAGUCUGGAGAAGAGCUUGGCUAAACUGUAAAGUCAACAACCUCAGAUGACCGUCCACAAUCACUUCAGACAUCAAAGGAGCUGCGAUAUCCAGGUGGAGGAUUGCUUUGACAGAAAUGUCAAAUCAGCCCCAUCUGGCUGGCUGUCGAUGUAAAACUUAAAAGGUGGAACAACUUUUGAAGCAUAUUCAAUCAAAAAAACACCAAAAAGACUGAAAGUAAUGCAAAGGAAAUGAUGUAGCAGUUAUCAGGCCCUCUGCAGCGAUGAGACAUGAUUGUGUGCUUAUUCAGUGUCGAACUUACUGUGAUCCUCCUUCAAGUGCUUCAUUUGGCUUUCUAGAAAAAAUACUGAAUAGUUUAAAGCAUUUAAGUGUAUUUGCUUUUGCUGCAAUUUGAGGUACAUUUACCAUAAGCUGUCACAGGUUUUCACCAUUUUUGUUUUAAACUUUGGAUUUAUAAGCUGCCUUGUGAUAACCGAUGGGCAAUGAAUUGGAUUUAUUCACUUGAACAUUGAGUUUUGUGCCUUCUUCAGGUAAUCUUAUAGAAAAGUGUUUUGCUGGUUAGCAAAGAAAAUGACAGGUUACUUGUGUGAAAGUGUCGUGUGAAUACAGUGCAUUUGCAAGAAA